AUGGCCGGCGUAUUACGAUGGUACCAAGCCCGCCUCGCCGCCCGCCCCGUCCUCACCCAAUCCAUCACCACCGCCGUCCUCUUCGCAACCGGCGACACCAUGGCCCAACAAGCGAUCGAGAAACGCGGCCUCAAAGAACACAACCUCGCACGUACGGCGCGCAUGGCCAUCUAUGGCGGCGCCGUCUUCGGCCCCGGCGCCACCCUCUGGUAUCAGUUCCUGCAGCGCAAGAUAGUACUGCCCGGCCGACCGAACCUCCAGAUCGUGGCGCGGGUCGCGACAGAUCAGACGGUGUUCGCUAGUACGAACCUGUUCCUCUUCCUCAGCAGUAUGGCGAUCAUGGAGGGCAGUGAUCCGAAGAAGAAGCUGGAGGACAGCUAUUUCAACGCGCUGCAGAAGAAUUGGAUGGUGUGGCCCGUGGCGCAGUUUACGAAUUUCAAAUACGUCCCGUUGCAGUACCAGGUUCUGAUGGUGAAUCUGGUGUCGCUGGGCUGGAACUGCUACCUGAGCUUUCUCAAUUCUGCUCCGUCGGGCGCGCAUGUUAAGAACCCGACAUACCCGCCGGAUGUCUAG